GUUGACACUGACAUCUGCAGUGACAGGCUGAAACUGUAAAUUUAUUUAUCUUUACUAAAUAAACAAUCAGUAAAGUAAAGAAAUAUUCAUAUAUUAGUUAACCCAAAUCUCAAAAUGAACAAUAUGCUUAUAAAAAACGAAUGUAUUGAAGAUCACUUUGAUAUGAAUGGUACAAAUUCUGACGAGGAUGUCAUGGAAGAAGAUGAUUCUCGAGACAUCGGUUUAGCUCUAGAAGAAAAUUUAAAGGACGACAGCUUUGGCUUAACUGGCGAAUCUAAUGUAGAAAUCAAGCAAGAGGACAUUCUUGAUUUGGACACAGAUAUUAUAUUACCUCAAAUAUCACAGAGUCAAAUUCUAAAUUCUCCUAAACCAAAAAAGGAAAUCAAAUCUAAAAAGGAACUUGAAGAGGAAGAACGUGAAAAAAUGCAGGUUUUAGUAUCAAAUUUCACUGAAGAUCAGUUAGACAGAUAUGAAAUGUACAGGAGAUCAGCAUUUCCAAAAGCAGCAAUUAAAAGACUUAUGCAAACUAUAACCGGUUGUUCAGUUUCUCAAAAUGUGGUUAUAGCAAUGGCCGGUAUAGCUAAGGUGUUUGUUGGAGAAGUAGUAGAAGGAGGUUUAGAUGUCAUGGAAGAAGUAGGAGACAGUGGUCCAAUACAACCAAAACAUCUUCGAGAGGCAGUGAGAAGAAUGCGUCGAUACGGUGGGAUUCCAAGUGGUAGAGAUUAUAGGACGCAUUAUAGGAUUUAAAAAUAAUAAUAUAAAUAAAGUUUUGUAUCUAAUAUUAA